AUGACUGAACCAGCUAAGAAGAAACAAAAAACUACACCCGGACAAGUGGCACACCCAAAGGACAAGCCCAAAGGUACUAAAAAAUCAAUUCCUAAAAGUACACUAUAUAUUAAUAAUCUAUCUGAUGGGAUAGGAUCGAAAAACUUGAGAACAAAUUUAUUUCUACUGUUUUCAGUCUACGGGGAGGUUAUCAAAAUUUCAGUGAAUACAAAAAGACAAAGAGGGCAGGCAUUUAUUAGAAUGAAAAAUGUCGAUCAAGCAAAUCUCGCAAAAGUUUCGUUAAAUGGAGAAAUAUUCUUUGAUAAACAACUGCAGAUAGAAUUCAGUGCAAAUGAAAUGAAGGCUGUAUAA